AUGGAGCAACGAAACGCUCCCAUCAAGCAAGCCCGCCCCGCCGCGCGUGGCAAGGGCAUGUUGCGCCUGCUCCGACGAACGCGUCGCAACUCAGAGUCACCGCAGCCGUCCUACACUCCAGAGUUACAGCGCAAAUUCGCCGACCUCGACGGCGUCGAGCGCCUGUCUCGCAGUCACGGGGCCUCUCCGGAAGCCGGUGUCAACAAGCCCAGCAAGCGCCGGACCUCCCCGCCCAAGCUCACCCGCCUCAAUACAAACCCCGUCCUGAGCAGCGUUGCCGCCUCCAGCUCCGAGGCUAGCCCCGAAUCGGGCAUCCCACCCAUUGAACCAGCGCGCCAAUCCAGCGCCGCUCGCCUUGUCGUUCCUGCCUCCUUUCUUCCCGGCCUUGGCACGCCGCAAGAAGCUGCUGCUCGGGCCCGCCAAGCGGCUUUGGCAGCACAGGCGGCAGCACAAGUUAUGGCCUCUGCUGCCCGUGCCCCUGAUCUCAAUCAACCUCACCUGUCCAGCCGCACAGCCCCCUUGCGUCAUUCCGAAGCCUCGGACCGCUCCUCGGGCUACGAAGAGCGAUUGCGAGAUCCGCGCCAGCAGGCCGAAAGCGGCUUCCAGCUUGUUCUGCCCCCGACCUCGCCUCGCAAAUUUGUUCACUCCUCGCUCUAUGAAGAUGAGGAUGAGGACGAUCUCGACUACGAUGGCAGUGAUGUGGACAGUGAUGGCUUUGAAGACCUGAAAAACGGUGGGGGCUAUGCCCUGGUUACGGCCCGAACCUCACACAUGAGCAGCGCCGAUGACCCGAGGGCCUCUCACAUCAGCGGCCCCCGUCCACCUUCUGGUCAGAGUGACCCCGUGUACGAUCUGGCCACCAGCGUCAACUCACGGCCUUCCCACCCAACCGGAAACGAACAUCUGGCCCGCAACUUGCACACGCAUGCCAAACCCGCCAUUGCACGCUCCGAUGGCUUUUCACGGCUCUCCAUCGCCCAGCGUCCUGGUCAACGCCGCUCCCUUGGGCCUUCGGGGCCGGGACUAUCACGUCGAGACUCCAUGCCCGUUCACGGCAACCUGAUCAAGCGCCUUCAGUCAGUCCUCACCAAGCAAACCAAGGCCACGGCCCGCCUUCCUCGCGCAGAUUACCUUCAUGCUGCUGAUGACGAUGACAACGCGGAAGCUCAUCGCUUGGAUACCCUGGCCAAAUCAGCUCUGGCGCAUGCAGCCUACAGCGCGCCCAUUACUCGCCGCGAUGUCCCCGUCUCUCUGGAGCAGUCGCGACGCUUUCCCGAUCGUACUGCUUGCACCAAUCUGGUGGAGAUUUUGGCGUGGCAGUGUGAACAAAAUCCCAAGGGCACUGCCCUCCACGUAUUGGCAGCUACUGGCCACGCGUCUAUGGCCCUGACCUGGACCAAUCUUCAUGCCCGGGCCCGCAAGAUUGGUGAGGCCCUCCUUCAGGCCGACAGCCCCAGUGAUCCAGACGCAGCCAUUCUCCUACUCUUCAAGGCCAGUAGUGCCCGCUGCGUUUUUCAUUUUUGGGAAGCUCUGCUCGGCUGUCUGGCCGCCGGGAUCACGGCCAUCCCACUCUUGCUGGCUGAGGACGACUCGAGUUGGCGCAACGCCGAACGUCUCCAGAAUAUGCUUCGCAUGUGUAACGUGUACAAGGUCGCUUGCAACAAGGAGACCCUCAAGAGUUUGAGCUCUGCUGGCCGGGCUGCCGUGGAACGUCUCGACGUGCUCCGGCUUGAUACCCUCCCCUCUAUCGACAAGAGCCGCCAGCACCCCCUUUUUGCGGGUCAACUUCAUGCCAAUGCCCUUGUGCUACCAAUCUUUGAUGCCUCCAAUAACUGCCUGCCGCUGUGCGUGACGCAUGGCUCGCUUUUGCAUCACCUUGGUGCUGCCGAGAAGGCGCUGGGCUACCAAUGUACGCAUAGCAUCUUUUCUGCACUCCUCCCCACCACUUAUGGUUUCUUGUGGCAUGGACUGCUUGCUUUCUUCGCGGGCGCCAGUCACACGGUCGUUGUGGCCGGUGCCACCAUACACAUGGCCAGUGCACUGCUGGCGGCACUCGCCAAGCAACGCCAUCUUAGCGAAGCUCGAGCCGUGUAUGUCGAUCAUGCGGUUUUUGAUGCCAUGGGCGAAUACGAGUUGGAGACGGCCACCCGCAAGGCCAACCUGCACGACGCUGCUUGGUUUGGUAUUGUUGCUCCCCAAGCUCACAGCCCCAGCCUUCGUGGCAACAUUGCUCAUUUGCGCAACCUUGGACUCGCACAGGAGGUGGUCUACCUCGUCUCCUGUAGUGAUCUGGUUGGCUUUGUUGCUGUGGCAUCGUAUGAUGCUGUUGCUUCCACCCAAGCCAAUGUGGACCCCGAGCUGUUGGCUCGAGGCGUUGUGGCUGAAGCCGCUCAGCGCAGCCCCACCAGCAACCUCCUCGGCGCGGGCAUGCCCUUACCUGGAUCGGCCUUUGUUGUGUUGGAUCUGGAGCACCCAAGCCCAAGUCGCAUGGGAUGGGCCGGGCCUCUUGGUGACAAAGCUCAAGGCGACUUCGACUUUGUGCUUGAUGAGGACCGCAACGAACGCAAGAGCAAGACAUACACCCGAACUGGCCUCUAUGGCACAGUUUUGCAGGGCCAAGGCGAGCAGCUCUUUAUUGUUGGUGAUCGAGAGACACUUCUUCAUGUCGAGCAAACCUGGGUGUUGGCAGACCAGGUCAAGAGUUCUCUAGCUGCCAUUGCCAAGAGUCAUGCGCGUACGAGUCGUUUGACAGCUGCCCAAAUGAACUUGGUAUACUUUUCCGUACGCCGGAAGCAACUGGCCAUUUUGAUCUCGCUUGAGCGACAAGAGAGCGAAGACAUGCAGCUGUUGGACUCGCUUUUAAGCAAUAUGCUGCUGGAGGUGACACGCCGCCAUCGCGUGGCGCCUGUUUUGAUUGGCCUGAUUCAAGACUCAGAUCUUCCCACCACAGGGCUCGGCUCGGUUGACCUCCCCUUGGUCACUCAUCUGCUUGAAAGGGGCCAGCUGCCACUCUGGCAUUUGGUCUUGGACCCACACGCCGUGCCGUCGGCUCGCUCAAGGCGCCCCACACGAUUUGCCCAGACCCCUCUCACGCAGAUGGCCGGUCAAGAUCUUCGUCACAGCGAGGCUACUGGCGUGCAACUUCACCUUUCGGACGCGGUCCAAGCAGCGCGAACUGCCAUGAGCCUGCUCGUGAAAUUGGCGGCAAAGGAUGGUUCGAGCCCCAGCCGCAACCUGUACCGCAUUUGGGAUGAUCAUCAACAAGUCAAGGCUCUCUCCGCGUCGGACCUGCUCAGCUACAUCCGACGCACUGCUGAGACUUUGAACAAGAAGGGUCUCGGCAAAGGAGACCGUGCUAUACUUAUGCUUCCCAUGUCAGCCGCCAAGGUCGCUGCUUUCCAUGCGUGCCUAUUGCUCGGUGUCAUACCCAUCACCAUGCCCUUUGUUUACGAUUCCAGCCAGCUAGCGCGCUGGCUCGAUGUUUUGCGCGAGGUGUCACGAAAUGCAAACGCCACUUUUGUGUUGACAAGCGACAAAGGUGUCAAACAGCUCCGCAAGGCUGAUCGCGACAUUCGCCGCACGCUGGGUAUCAAAAGCAUGAUCUCGCUAAGCAAACUUUCUCCUCGCGAGCACUAUGGCAUUGUCGUACCUCAUUCGCGUGCGGAGACGGCCUAUGUGGAAUAUACCAUCUCCAAUACCGGCGUACUCUCGGGCGUCGAGAGUCAUUAUGACUUGGAGUCGGCAUCCCGCGUCUUGGUCAACGCGGAUGCGAGCACGGGUGUUGCCCAUGCCUGGCUUUAUUAUGUACCCUUGUUUUCUGCCAAGGCCGAGUUUCUCUGCGUCGAUCCUCAAACACUAGAAGCGCCCCAGCAAUGGCUUGAGCUUGCUUCGCGCGAACAAGUGGACACGGCGCUCGUGGACUACCGUGCGCUCAUGUCCUGCUUGGAAAGCAUUGAGGAUGAGCGUGUGGCCUCGGCCAUCAAUGCCUGCGAUUGCACUCGCUUGGUGCGCUGCCUCGUGGUAACUCAGGAGCGCCCUUGGCAGACCGUCCUGGAGAAUUUCCGCCGCCUUACCUCAGCGACUGGCAUGCCUUCGACGGCGCUGCAAACUGUUCUCGAAAACCGCAUCAACCCCUUCCUUGCUGGCACGAUGGGAGGCAAAGAGCCCAACCAGCCAGUUUAUGUUGAUGCUCGCCUUCUCCAAGAAGAUAAGCUGCAAAUCUUGGCGAAGGGGUCCCCUAUGGGCGUGCCCAUCUUUCCACUUGGUCGGCUAGCCCCUGCAGUGCAGGCCGUGGUUGUGAAUACCAAGACUGAAGCCAAAUGCACGGCGGACGGCAUUGGAGAACUGUGGUUUUCUUCGGUGAACAACAUUCGGUCUUUCGUGGGUUUGACAGACUCGGAGGUGCAAGCCCAGGUGCAGCAUGAACUACUCGAACGCCAGGUGACGGGGCAUGAUUCCACGUAUGCACGAUCUGGCCUACUGGGGUUCUUGCAUGAGCACCGCGUUUACGUCACUGGGCACCUAGAAGACUGCCUGCUUGUGGACGACCGUCGGUUCAACCCACUUGACUUGGAGGAAGCCGUGGAGCGCUGCCAUCCUUCGCUCACCCUCGGCACUUGCGUUGUGUGGCACACACCUGCAUCGGGCUUGGUCGUGGCCGUUGAGGAGAAUGAGCCGGGCCGGGGCUUGGCUUUGGCACCCCUCGUCAUGCGAGCCUUGCUCGAAAAGCACGAUUUGCAAGUGGACGCCAUUGUAGUGCUCGAGAGCAAUGUGAUUCCGAUUGAGGCACGCGGUCGGAAGCAGCGUGCUGCUUUGCGACGCCAGUUAAUGGACGGAACCAUGCAAUCUCAUGCCAUUAUCAUGUGCAAUGCCCCAGCGGUUCAGCUAUAAGUUGCUCAGCGCAUCUCUUUGUGACCACGCCAGCGCACAUCUUUUUGGCCGCUUGGGCGUGGCAUGGCAACUGUUUGUUUUUUCCCUUUUGUAAGCGUUUUGUAUGAUCGACAGACUAUUCAUGGGAACGGGCCGCGCCCGUUUU